AUGUAUUUUACGAAGUUGUACUGUUCUCUCAAGAUAACUAGUUCUAUAAAAGUCGGUCAAGCUCAUAUUCCAGCCGAGAGUGUAGAACUGACAGUUUAUCAUAUUACAGAGAGAACCUGUUGGUAUCUAACAACCUCUACGUUUAUUUACCAAUAUGAUGCUGUGUACUUUAUCGCACAGUUCCUAGUGGACAGUAUUUACUCUCCGUGUUCUCUACUCGAUCUCCAUCAAAUCUGGGAUAUUAAUCAAUCUGUUAUCAGUCUACAGGAUUUAAUAAAUUCAGAUAAAAAACUUACGACAGCUUUCCGUUCUAUUCCUGUAACUUCUGAUUGGAAUUUAUUAGGUCCAAUUAAAGAAGCAACCAAUCAAGAGAGAGAAACUUUGCUUCAUUUUUGUGGGCGAUUUGGACUUUAUUGUUUAGCGGAUUACCUGUUAAAUAAGCCAGGUGCGGAGGCUUGUGUUCGAUUACAAAAUAAAGACGGAUUUUCUCCAGUUGACGUAGCUGUUAAUUGUGGAUAUCAAAACAUUGCUCAACUUUUUACACAGUCAGAGGUUUGUAAGAAUCUCUGUUAUAUUAUUUUGGAGGUCAGAGGUUUGUUAGAAUCUUUGUUAUAUUAUUUUGGAGGUCAGAGGUUUGUAAGAAUCUUUGUUAUAUUAUUUUGGAGGUCAGAGGUUUAUAAUUAUCUUGUGUUGGCCUUGUGGCAUUCCGAAUGA